AUGGCAGUGCUCCUGAUGGGCGGCGUCGUGCCAGAGGUCUACUGCUCGCACCACGUGGAGAUGCAGAUGUUCGCCCACGAGCACGUGCCGUUCGCGCCGGUCUGCCAUUUUGGCCUGUUCAUGUACAACAUAAUUGCGAAGUGGCCUGCAUCCCGCUGGGGCACGCUCAAUGCGGCGCCCACGCUCGUCUUCGCCAAGGACCACCUGGGCACCAGCAACGAGGAGCGACUGCGGCGUGUUCCUUCAGGCUCGCACGACGUGUUCAAGCCCGAGCACGCCUCACAGGCCGAGAGGAGGGAGGUGCGCCUGAAGCGCUUCGGCGUGGACAGCGAUGCCACGAAGGCCUUGCCAGAUGUCCAGGGGGCUAACGUCGACGAAGCGAGGAAUGCGGCGGGCUGGGCGUGGGACGACCUGCUGCAGCAGAGCAAGGGCUGUUGCGGCUGCGAGGCGUUCGUGGGGCACUCGAAAGCGCGGAUUUGCGAGCAGCCCUGGAGAUCGGGGAGAAAAGGCAACAGGGACGAGGCGCUGGAGAGGCUGCGGAAGUACGCGGCUCCGCCCCCGUCGGCAGGCGCCGUGGCGCCGACCGCGCAGCAGGCGGACACCUUCGACAAGCUCAAGAAAGUGCGAGGCACGGCCACCCAGGACUGGCAGACACUGCUUGCGAAGGAGGCCAGGGUGCGGGCGGCGAGGCAGCACCUGGCAGGCUUCGAGACGAUUCAGGACCUGAUGGAAGAGCUGGAGGUCGACGGCGAGGAUGCGAACGCCGACUGCCAGCGCUUCAUGAAGGACCUGGAGCAGUACCAGCGUGAGGGGAAAGGCACACUGCAGGAUGUCGAAACCACGAGAAGGCCAUUCGGAGACCUCGUCAAGGCCUACGGGGUUAUGGAAGACAGGUCAGGGAUGCAAGGCGACGGCAAGAGCGAGGGGCCGAGUCCGCCGCGGCCCGACGAGGGCACCAGUGCGGCCAGCGCCGCGGCGCCCGAGCCGCCCGCCGCGGAGAAGAAGGCGACCGCCGGCGACAAGCACCCCGUCGGGCUGAAUCCCACGGCGGAGGACAGAGUGGGUGCCGCAGGUCGCCGAGCGCCGCCAGGCGCCGCCAGGCGGCGCUCGGCCGCCCACUGGCCAGCCUACUGCCCCGCCUCUCGAGCAGUCCUUUCACAGAAGGUCGGCUGUCGCCAACAUUAA